GCAAAUUGCAUUUCAUAUAAACAAAUCCCUGACCCCCGAUGGAUGGCAUAGAGGAUUUUCAGCUGAACCAGCACCAGCUGGUGUCGGAAAUAAAUAGGUUGAUACGUAGCACCCAGGCACCGACCGACAUUAAUGCCCUUUUGCUGAAUCAAGAGCUGCAACGCCGGUUGCACCAGGUGAGGGACAAGAUCCUGCAUCUUCUCCAGAUUGUAAAGGCUCGCUACGACCGGAAUCAGGAAAUCUUGAAGCGUCGCAUGCAGCCUCGAUCCCGAUAUGGCCAGGAAAAUCUUUCUUUAAGCGGUGCCAUUCUGCGUAAAGGCACCUUUCACUUCAAAGGAAACCUCUACUUCCGGGAUAUUGAUGGUCGCAGUUGCCCCAACAAUGAGGACUACGAUAGUCGGUGUCUAACAGAAAUGUUUCCUACCGAUUUCGAUAUGCGAUCUCGGCAUGUCUGGACUUUACUCGACAAAAAGAAUGUUAUCAUGGGCAUUAAACAGCAACUGCUGGAUCAUUGUAAGGACCAAGAUAAACCCUCAAUUAAACGUAAGCGAAGACCAAUUGAACGGCAUGUACAAUCGUUAGCUAGCCUUUUGGGUUCCGCGGACAGCAACUUUAGCAUCGAUUGGAAUCAGAUCAGUAUCAUUGAUCUGGAGUAUCGCCACUCGGCCUAUAGUUGCGAGGCAAUGUGGCGAUUUUACCUGCACCCAGAUCGCAAUCGUGGAGAAUGGACGCAGGAGGAAGAUGAUAACUUGCUUGCAGUGGCGACGGCCAACGGGAUGCAGAAUUGGGAAGUGAUAGCCUCAUACACCGAUCGGCGAUCUGACUACCAGUGUUUCGUUCGAAUCAACACAAACCUGCGGCACUUAAUCGAGCCUAGCACCGGGAACCGAUGGACUGAAGAGGAAAACGACAGACUCCGGACGAUGGUGCAAAAGCAUUCGGUGAAUGGCAUUACUAAUUGGAACAAAGUUUUGGAAUAUUUUCCAGGCAGGUCAAAGUCAACGAUAAUCGGUCGAUACAUGUAUGUUCUGCAUCCCAGCAUUAGUCAUGCACCCUUUACCGCCAAGGAAGAUAUGAUGCUAUUCGCUGCAGUUGAAGAGUACAAUGGGAAAUUUAACUGCUUUCCGCGCUCACUCUUCCCAAAUCGAUCCCUUGCGCAACUACGAACGCGCUAUCACAACACGCUGGCUCAACGGAACAAGACCGACGCAUGGUCUGUGGAGGACGACAACCGGUUGAUGGAAUUCGUUACUGAAAACGGUACCUCCCAGUGGCUGAGCUGCGCCACUUUCCUGGGCAACCACUCGCGUACCAGUUGCCGAACCCGUUUCCUGGUCAUUAAGAGAUUUCUGGAACAGAACCCGACGGCAUCGGUAGAGGACUUGCCGCGGCGCAGAUCGCGGAAAGUGGCCUCGGUUACUGCCGAAAAUUGGGCGCAGUGCUUGCAGGAAUGGCAGGAGGAUCCAGAUUCGAUCGCCAAAAUGGAAAUUAAACCCAAAUCCCGGGCAAAAAGACCAAAGAUAACCAAACCAAAUAAUCCUAAAAUGGGAAAAGUUGAAGCAGAGUUCCAUGACUACUUCAAGUAUGGUUACAACUUGCAGUUGCUAACUCCAGUGACCUUUUCGUUGCCCAAAGAUAAGUCGAAUCUCGCCUAUGCAGCCAAAGCUUUAAGUUACUAUCCACCGGUUCGGCCCCAGCCCAUAUUAGGGGCUUCUAUGCCUGAAGAACUGCAAGAAAGCUACAAUCAAAUGAUGGGUGAACUACCGGAGGAAAGGAUACAUCUGAAAAGUACGCUCCUCCCGCCUAACUGGUCCACAAUGAUGGGAUUUCGAGCUCUCUGCAUUCUUUCCGGAGACUGUCGCAAGAUGCCGGAAAAAGAUCUUGUCUACAACGAAUCCGAUCCACCUAUUCAGCUGUUUAGACAGAGACUGAGGGCACUCUUCUAUAGAACCACUUUACUGAGUCGUUUGGAAUCGCAGCUUUUCACCCAACUGCCCAGCUGCUUACGGGCGUUACCAAGACCCACACCGAAGUUUGUUCAAAUGGGAGAGAACGUAAACUGUGCCUAUAACACGCCAAAGGAAACCCUCAAAUCGGAACCGCUGAGCGAAGACGAAACUGCUGUCACAGUGACUAUGAAGGAAGAAACAGAAGUAGAGUACAUAGUACCCUAG